AUGUCGUCCUUAAAGGAAGCUUUAGGACGACGCGCCCUCGUCCAGACCCACGUCAGUUCAUCCACUCCUAAAUCCAGUGGCUCGUCACAGCGUUCAUCCACGUCAUAUUGGCUCUCGUCGAGCACGUCGACUGAUUCGUCGAGCGAUUUUAACAUCUCGAGGGCGGCCACAAAACUUGCCUUCGAGAUCUGCAUUGAGGAAGAUCCUGAGGCCUGGGAGGGGUCCGGCGAGACCGCUGAACUUCGUCAGGUUAUCAGUGAUGGUCAAAAGCCAGAAAGAAAGUUGUGCGAGACUCCCUCAGUUGAGGACAAAUCAACAGGACCUCUGAGCCCUCGGCAGACGACAGACCUUCAGGCCGUCAGCCACGGCAAGGCCGUCUUACCGUAUUUGGGUAAAGACAAAACCACCGUUGUCAACUACCGAGUUUCUGUCGACAAAAGGGAUGCCGAAACUGUGCAGAGCGUGUCUUCGUUCAGUCCUGCAGUCCACAAGGUUCAGGACUUGCGGCAACCCACGUACAGUCUCUGGAUGCUGCAACCAACCAUCAGGAAGGCUUGGCUUACCUCCACACUCACCAUCCUCUAUAAGUUUGACUGCGACGAGAGCUACCUGAAGGGGCAGGUGGUGAGUCUGGUGCUCAUCACACUCAACACUCUGGACCGCCACUACCACAGAUGCCGUGUGGACCACACCACAGCCGUCACCACAUCUUCAAUUCAUUACCCUAGAGAGACGAGCCUGGGCUCGUUGGGUGGGGACGUGGAUACCGUGGAUGAGGGGGGAGACAGGAGCCCCACGGCGGGCAUUGGUGCCCCAGCUGCCGGGGACGAAACAACGCCUCUUCCCCCCAGCGAGGGUAGUCGUGGGGACGCUCCUGAGCUCGUCCUCACCCAGGUUUUAUCCCCAGAAGAAGGGGAAACUUACGCCCCAGUCGUGGCGACAAUCGUCACCGGACAAGACGGCUGCGCAAAAGUGCAGCUGAACGCCUCUUUCAGCGAAGAGGCGCAGGAGGAUUCGGCCCCAGAAGACAUUUGGUACGACGCCGACUGCCUCAAGACGCUGCCUGACGAAGGUGAGCUGAAAGCCGAGACGUGCAGCACAGAAGACGUGCAGUUUGCGGUUGCCAAAGAAAUCUCGGCACCAACGCCCCACGUCAGAGACUCGUCCACGGCGGUCACGUCAGUCAUGGCGUCGCAGAUACAAGCUUUUGACGACUCCUUUACGGUCAAGAUUCACAAUGCGGAGCUUGCAGACGACGACGACUCUGGCCUGCAGCGGCUGAGCGAACAGGCGCUCCAGGGACUCAGGAGAGAAACUCCUGGAGACGGCGACGAGACGAUGUCGUCCUUAAAGGAAGCUUUAGGACGACGCGCCCUCGUCCAGACCCACGUCAGUUCAUCCACUCCUAAAUCCAGUGGCUCGUCACAGCGUUCAUCCACGUCAUAUUGGCUCUCGUCGAGCACGUCGACUGAUUCGUCGAGCGAUUUUAACAUCUCGAGGGCGGCCACAAAACUUGCCUUCGAGAUCUGCAUUGAGGAAGACUCGGAGGCCUGGGAGGCGUCCGGCGAGAGCAACAAUAUUUGUGGCCAGUAA